AUGAACUUUGAUGGGGCUCAUGAUGAAAAAAAUGGAGUUUGCGGACUGGGGGUUGUCUUCAGAGAUACUCAAGGAAAUUUGAAAGGUGCAAUGGCUGUCCCACAAAUUGGUAACAUCGCCCCAAGAUCCAUAGAAGCUUUGGCAUUGUUGCACGGACUCAGAUUUGCGCUUCAUGUUGGCUUCACAAGGAUUGAAGUUGAAGGAGAUGACCUCUCAGUUAUCAACGCUUUGCAGGAAAGCUCAGAGGAUUAUAGUGCUGAGGGUCAUUUAAUUGACGAAGUUAAGUUUUUAUUUCAGUCUUUUACCAGUUGUAGUAGCCAUUUUGUCAAACGAGAAGGCAACAAGGUUGCUCAUCGUUUGGCAAAGGAGGCGUUGAAAAUUAGUCAACCGUUUCUUUGUCUGGAGUCGGGGCCUAGUUGGCUUCAUCAGUGUGUCAGUAUAGAUUUCCAAUGCGAAGUCUAA